AUGGCCAACUACUACGAGGUGCUGGGCGUGCAGGCCAACGCCUCUGCCGAGGACAUCAAGAAGGCCUACCGCAAGCUGGCCCUGCGCUGGCACCCGGACAAGAACCCCAACAACAAGGAGGAGGCCGAGAAGAAGUUCAAGCAGGUGUCCGAGGCCUACGAGGUGCUGUCGGACUCGAAGAAGCGCCUGGUGUACGACCGGGCGGGCUGCGAGGCCUGGCGGGCGGGCGGGGCGCAGGCCGGCCCCUUCAGCAGCGGCUACACCUUCCGCAACCCCGAGGACAUCUUCCGGGAGUUCUUCGGGGGCCUGGACCCCUUCUCCUUUGACUUCUGGGAGGGCCCCUUCGGCAGCGAGCGGGGCCGGAGCCACGGCCUGCGCGGGGCCUUCACGGCCGGCUUCGGCGAGUUCCCGGCCUUCGUGGAGGCCUUCUCGGCCUUCGACUCGCUGGGCCGCGCCGGCGGGGGCAGCCACACCACCUUCUCGUCCACCUCCUUCGGGGGCUCGGGGGCUGGCAGCUCCGGCUUCAAGUCUGUGAUGUCCUCCACGGAGAUGGUCAACGGACACAAGAUCACCACCAAGCGCAUCGUGGAGAACGGGCAGGAGCGUGUGGAGGUGGAGGAGGACGGGCAGCUCACGUCUGUGACCAUCAACGGCAAGGAGCAGCUGAAGAGGGUGGACAGCAAGUGA